AUGAAAGCCGGUCCCCUUCUCAUCUCCUGGCACAACGAAAGCCAACCCAUUUAUUCCGUCCAUUUCGAUCCUCAUGGCAAGGGCAGGCUCGCAACCGCGGGAAAUGAUAAUAACGUGCGAUUAUGGAGCAUCGAAGCUCAAGGCGACGAAAGAAAAGUUACAUACCUGUCCACCCUCACGAGACACACCCAACCAGUCAAUGUAGUCCGUUUUAGCCCAAAAGGUGAGAUGCUAGCUUCGGCUGGUGACGAUGGCAACGUUCUCCUUUGGGUACCGUCCGAAUACUCCAUGACCACCUUGACUGAAGAACACGCCGAUGAUAAGGAGACUUGGAGGACGAAGCAUAUGUGCAGGACGUCCAGUGGAGCUGAAAUAUAUGAUUUAGCCUGGUCUCCAGACGGCCAAUAUUUCAUAACCGGAGGAGUGGACAACACAGCCAGAAUCUUCAAUGCACACACUGGUGCCAUGAUACGUCAAAUAGCCGAACACAGUCAUUUUGUGCAAGGCGUAGCCUGGGACCCUCUAAAUGAGUUUGUUGCAACCCAGUCAUCCGACCGCUCCGUUCACAUAUAUGCUCUCAAACUGAAAGAUGGCACACCUACCCUUUCUACACACGGUAAAUUCAACAAAAUGGACCUUCCUGGUCGUCGAAUAUCUUCCAAUAGUCCCGCCCCGGCCGAAUUGACCCAUCGAACAUCCAGUUCUAGUGCCAGCAACCUUGCCAUCGCCUCGCCAGCACCAUCAAAUCCUGGAACUCCUUUGACUACUCCUCAUCCCAUGGAUCCACCUAUGAUCGCGUCUAGCCGGCGGUCGUCUUUUGGAUCUUCACCGUCAUUCCGACGAUCUGCUUCGCCUGCACCAUCGCUGCCACUCCCCGCGGUGAGAGCAGAAAUCUCAUCCCCCAGUCUCAGCGCCGCCAUGGGAUUGGCUGUGAAGAAUACAAACAUCUAUCACAAUGAGACCAUGACGUCUUUCUUCCGUCGACUGACUUUCUCUCCGGAUGGAAGUUUACUUUUCACACCAGCGGGACAUUAUAAGACGACCUUUCCAAUGGCGUCCGAUCCAACCAAAACCACCGAGGAUGUUGCUAAUACUGUCUAUAUCUACACGCGUGCCGGUUUCAACAAACCACCGGUAGCGCAUCUACCAGGCCAUAAAAAGCCCUCAGUCGCCGUCAAAUGUUCUCCGAUUCUCUAUACUUUACGUUCGACGGCAAAACCGACCAGCCAUAUUACCAUUGACACGUCGUCUGCAGGCGAAGAAAUCCCUUUACUUCCAGACCCUAUUGUCCCACAAAAUUCUUCAACAUUCAUGGAGCCUCCUCCGACCUCGACCUCAAAUUCUGUUCCCGAGUCCAUGUCUGCACCAUCCCCUAGGCCGUCAACAGAAAGUGACUCUGCAAACCCGGCACCAACCCCGGCCUUCUCGCUCCCGUAUCGAAUGGUAUAUGCUGUGGCGACUCAAGAUGCAGUAUUAGUUUAUGAUACACAGCAAACCACUCCUAUUUGUGUUGUCAGCAAUCUUCAUUAUGCAACUUUCUCUGAUCUGACCUGGUCAAAUGAUGGUCUCACACUGUUAAUGUCUUCUACGGAUGGCUAUUGCUCGACUUUGGCUUUCUCACCUGGUGAACUCGGACAGGUAUAUACUGGGCCUCAUCCUACGUAUAACCAUCCGGUCGUUUCAACCUCCAUACCUCUUCCAACUUCUUCUGCCAAUUCAACACCAAUUCCCACACCGACUGCGACUGCAUCUCCUUCAUUAACCAAAGCAUCUCCUGUUCCUGUACUACCAUCACAUCCUUCUCCGGCCCCAUUCAUAAUUCGUCCUGGAAGCCCAACGAGGUCCAAUUCACAAUCGUCCAUCGCGACGAUGUCGUCGAUUCAAACUUCAGGUCUCCCUAACAAUCCCACUCCUACGAUGGGCCAUGUACCUCUCGUCACCGCGACGAAUUCAGGUCCACCAAUUAGCAUACCACCAAUGUCCACACCGCCUCAAACCCCUGCCAGUGUCCAUGGCGGCCAGCAUUCGGCAACAAGCUCGAUCAGUGGUAGUGUGUUAGGAAAAAGAGAUGUUGGGGCAACGAGCGAGAGUGAAAAGGAGGAAAGCAAAUCGAAGAAGAGAAGAAUAGCACCAACACUGGUCGGUCCAUCUGGAUCAACAGAUAGGCCGGGAGCAGAAGAAAAGAGCUAG